AUGAACGCAAUCGUGCAAUCCUCCUUGUCGGAAGUCGAAUCCAAGCUCAAUGCGCUUCUGACCACCCUCACCACCUCCCCCACUGCAGCAGGAGCGCCAGCUGCUGCAGUCGCCUUACUCCAAGCCGACGAUAAUCUAUCGGCUGCCAUAAUAACACUCCGUCAACACCAAGAAAGCUAUGCAAAAAUCCUACAACUCCGCGCCGAGGCAGAAAAGUUAGAAGAUCGCGUCAAGGGAAUCGUGAGGAACGUGGAACAAUUCGACAAAGAGAUCCGAACAGCCUGCGGCGAUGAUGAAGACAGCGACAGCGAACUCGAUUCCGACGAAGAGGAGAGCACCCGCAAGCCAUCCCGGAAAGAAAUCGACUACAGACUUCUUCUCGAUUUCGCUCGUCGAAUCAGCAAAUAUAACCACGAAGCCGCCGCGGAUGCUGCAAACGGAGCUGCCAACCCCUUAAAUCGAAAAUCCUCGCGUUCACAAAUUCUCGACAAAGAUGUGACAAUGUCGGGUACCAAUGGAGAGCCAGCAGACGCAGAACCUGUCUCGGCGGUCACGAAGAACGCGACGCAGUGGCUGGACGACUCUGCGCAUGUCACACGUGAAGUCUACAUGCUACCAUACCCGAUGGAGGAACGGAUACGAAUGGGGCUGAUGGCUCAGGUCCAGCUUGCCGCGGGCGAUGACCCAGAUAAGGAGGUGGAACGAUUGAUCCGUGAAGCCGAGGGUCUUGGUGCUGCGGAACCUCUGGUGCCAGCUCCACCAGUGGAUACCCGAAAAGAGGAGGCUGCCAAUGCGGCUGUGCAGGCUGCCUCUGCGGCUACUGAACCUGUACGACCAGCGGCAUCUGGCUUUGCUCCAGCACCAAAACCAAAACCACGCGCGACGCUUGAUCUUGAUCUCUACGACCCCGAUGAUGACGAUAUGUAA